GGGGAGUGAGAAGAGGCCCAGGCUGGCACUGCUGGAUCCUGGCCUUCCCCAGUAGCUGGGGGGGAGAGCCGGGGUUGCCUAACCUCCGACGACAGGGAGAUUGGCAAGCGCCAGCCCCCUAGUAAUCCUAAAUCAUAUUUUCUUCCUAGCUGGAAAAACUACCACUGAUGAGGAACUGGAAGAAAUGUUAGAAAGUGAUAAUCCUUCUAUUUUCACUUCUGAUAUUAUAUCAGACUCCCAAAUUACUAGACAAGCUCUGAAUGAAAUUGAGUCACGUCACAAAGAUAUUAUUAAACUGGAGUCCAGUAUACGGGAACUACAUGACAUGUUUAUGGAUAUGGCUAUGUUUGUUGAGACGCAGGGUGAAAUGAUCAACAACAUAGAAAAGAAUGUGAUGAAUGCAUCAGAUUAUGUAGAACAUGCUAAAGAGGAGACAAAAAAGGCUGUUAAAUAUCAAAGUAAAGCACGAAGGAAAAAAUGGAUAAUUGUCAUUAUAUCGUUGGUGUUGGUUGCCAUAAUUGCUCUAAUUGUUGGUUUGUCAGUUGGCAUUCGAUGAUGCUUGGAUAACUUCAGCAUGCAUGUCUGCCAAUACGGCAAAAAUGACAUUCAUAAUUAUUUGUGUAACUGUCUUGCUUGUGAUCCUUGGAAUUAUCCUAGCAGCUACAUUAUCAUAGCAAGCACAUUUGAAGAGUUUAUGAAUCUUCAGACUCCAAAUCACAUCUGCAGUGAAACCAAAUCCCCUAUUUUUUUUUAAGACGCCUUACACCAUGUUACACAUGUUCAAUGCUGACCUAUCAUUAGUGAUUUAAAGUGAAAACAUGACACUUAAUGUUUAGUCAUACUGCAAAUCAAUGUAUAUAUGGGAUAUCAAUUGAAUUUUCAUCAGAAACCAAUGGAUUUGUCAGUAUGAAGCCUUGUUUUAAUAGUUUUGAACUAAAGUGACUUGGGAAUUCCUUUGUUUUUUUAAAUAUAUUUCAGUGUUAUAAACACAGAAUUUAAUUAGGGAAUUGUGGAACUAUUGAGUUUUGGCCAUUGGCAUAAUUUUCCACUUCUAAUACAAUUCUAAUUAAGAAUUUUAUGGCCGCAUUUGUGUUCUCUUCUUGUUAGCAAAAUAAUGGAUUUUAUGAACACUAUUUUGUAGGAGAUGUAGCAGUAUCUUUAAAUAAAACAUUAACUAGUUAGUAAUUUUAUUCUAUCCAGUUUUUAUAAGGGGAAAAAUUCCCUUCAAUUGCUGCCUCAUGUUAUUGUAAAAAUUAAUUUGUGCUUUAAGAUAUUAUGCAGUUGUGUUUUUGAAGGGAAAAUCCUACUUCGAAAAAUCUUAUGAAGCAACCAAAUAGCAUUCUGUUAAUAGUAACUAUCACAUUUGAACUAUUUUUAAAAGCCCUUCAGUAAAGAUUGUUUAGUAGAUUGCACUUAAGUCCAUUUCUGCCUAUUGCAUUGUUAGAAUUCAUAGAUUAAAAAAACACUAGUUAUUCUACUGUGAAGUUUGUUGUUUUCUUUAUCACAUUUAUUGUGCUUAAUUGCUUACAGUGUGCCUAAUCUUUAUAAUCAAGACAGCGGCUGCAAUAUUUUCCUUGUAUAAAAAUGCAAUAAUGAAUCACAGAUUUAGUAUUAGAACUUUUUAGGAAGAUCUUCCAAAAUAAAAUUAGUUGUGCAUAUGAAACUAAAACUGACAGAACACUGUAAUCUUACAACUAUGACUAGCAUGGCACAUUUUAUCUUGUUCCUUAAAGAGCAAAAAUUAAUUCUUAAUUUGCAAAUGUUUGCUAGUGGUGGUGAGAAAAGAUAGGAAUGAAUAGGCUUAUUUAGUUGCAUUAUGUUUGAUUGUCUAAAUAAUAUACUGAUUUGUUAUGACAUUUACUUUUGUGAAUUAAUGUAACAAGUAUGAAGGGUUUUAUAAUAGGUAUAACAACAGAUGUAUAUUACUGCUUGUAAAGUUUUAAAUUUCAAACUUAACCAAAUAACUGAUUUUAAUGUUACAUAUUAUUUUUGUUCUUAUCAGCUCUAUGUAAAAUAUUUAUAAUUUGUAUCUUGAUUUCUCAUAUGAGUAUGUUCAUGUAGAUAUGUAGAUAUAUUUAUACUUCAAGUGAAAUAGUAAAAGAAGAAAGAGUGCUUUCUUAAAACGUGGCCUACAUCUCUUCUUUAUUUGUUGUUUUUGAUGGUUACAAAUAUAAUUUUGCUUUAGAUAAUAUGUUAUGUUACAACUUUUUAGUACUGCAGCAUACUGACUCAUUAUACAUUAAAAUAAUGUUCUUGUUAAAAAUGUCUGAGGAGGAAGUUACACAUUAAAAUGUAAUUAAAGUAUAUAGUCAAUCAUUGAACUUCUUCUUAAUGUUUAGCAAGAUUUACUAUGUAUGCUGUCUGUUGAAGGAUAUUUCUGCUUGAUGCUGUCCAAAUAUACUGUGAAAAUUUCUUCAUCUUGUUUUUUUCCAAGUGGUGGUCCAUGUUGAAAGCGGAUAGGAAUAAACAGGCUUUUCUAGUUGCAUUGUGUUUGGGAUUUCUGAAUGAGAUCCUGAUUCGGUAGUUUAUCCUAAAAACAUUUGUAAACGAAGCAGCUAUCAAGAUAUGUGUUGAAUUUUUCAUCUUCAUUACAGAACAGAUUUGUUUGUUUGUUUUUAAACUGUGGACAGCUAUCAAUGACUAUGGAAGUCUUAGUGCAAAGUACUGAAACGGUUGACUUGAAAUGGUCAGUUCUUAAGUAAAAUGUGUUUUUGAUAGUUUUGUUUUCUUGUAUUUAGUAAUAAAAUUUAUUUAUAGAAAUGUACAGAUUAAUCUAUUUCAGAAGAAUAUCAGAUAGUGCUGUUAAGUGGUUUAUCUACAUCAGCCAAAUAUAUUGGGUAAUUUUGUUUGCUCCAUUCAGUAUAGAAACCGAAAAGAUCAUUCACUGUUUUAUUUUUUUUCAUAUACUUCCUUCAUUUUGUUUAUAAAAAUAGAAAAUGUAAGUAUUUAAAAUUCAGCACAGGCGGAUAUGCUUCCUUUCUUGUAUCACUUUAGGACCAAAGAACUAGUUUCUUUAAAAAAAAUGAAAAAAACCUUCUAAUUUCCCAUUUGCUAAUAAAUUUAUCUAUGUAAGCAUUUCAUUUGUGACUUUUAUGUUGGUGAAUUUAUUGUAAAUAUUUACACAGACUAUUAAAAUAUUUAAAUGUGAUG